AAUGUAGUGGAGAAGUACAAAGUAGCAUCAAAUGGAAAUACUCAAAUAAAGUACAAGUACUUCAAAAUUUUACUUAAGUUAGAUUCCGCGUCUGGUCCACCAAUACAGGUCCAUGAACAUUUUGUUUCACAUUAAAUUGUGUUUUAUUAUCAUAAAACUUGAGAGUAUGCAGCGGGUAAAAUGUGAGAUGAAAAGUGAUGUGGUACAAAAAUUACAUUUAAAAAAAGCAUCCACUGUCUUAUGUUAAAGAUCCCCUCCAGACAUGUUUAAAGACAAAUUAAAAUACUCAAACGAUGUGUCUGAUAUGUUUUUCCACAUCAAAAGUUCAGUUAACUAAUUACAUCUACUUAUUCACCCUUAUUGCAAAAUCCAGAAUCUAUGAAUAUGCAGUUAUUUUUCAUUUUAAAAGUGUAACUGCUGAACACAAAGUGUCUCCAUUCUUGUGUGCACUGGAGGUUUCAAGUGUCCACAUCACACUUGUGUAAGUUGCAUACUGGACCAUGAUUGGCUUCCCAACUAGUUGUGAUGUCACAAAAUCAUGCUCGUAUGUAGAGGCCUUGAACACACUUUCCACUUUCAACAGAUGAAUGUGAAAACAACCUUCUAGUGUCAAACUCUGCACAUACAUCAUUCUGUACACUGAAGGUCAAACAUCCAAGUGAAGUAACAAUAAGCAAAACACAUUUUUGAGUGGAGGGGGGCUUUAAAAAUGCUUAAAAACAUGACUCUGUUACGGCAAAAUAAGUGAACUGUAGCUCUGUCCAAGACGAGAGCCUUCAGUCUUUACAUCUUGGUAUAAUGACAUAUGAAAAUAUUUUAAAACAGUUCAAAGAUUGUGUUUGUUCUUGUUUUUCCAAUGCUGACUUGAAGUGAAGCAAAACUUGAAAAUUUAACCCUCACUUUCAAUCUUUCCAUCUUUGCUGCAGGCUCCACACACAUUGUGUUAUCAUCUUCGUAUAUAAUUUAAACCUUAAAACCUUUUUUCUCAAUCAGCUCAUUUGGAAAAACAUGAUGUCACGUACUUCCCUGCACCAAUCAGGAUUUAACAUGAUUGGAAUUAAAUCUGAUGAUAUGUUGUGGGGUUGUUUUCUUGCCAGGCCACUAUCAAUCAAAUUUGAUCAAAUCACACCCAAAAAGUCCUGAUGAAGCAGAUUAGCUGAGUUUUUUACUGUUAAACUCUUAAUGAAUUAUACCUAAAGAAGUUUUUUUUUUUUUGCAAAACAUUAACUUAUUGUUGCUGUUUUAAUAAUAAAUAUUACAUGUUAUAGAGAAAUAGUUAGGAUUGAAACAAGUUUGCAGGGUCUUUAAGUUCUAUUUAUGGUUCUUUUAAUAAAUCACAUGCUUGUACCAGCGAUGUCUUCGAAAACCAGAACUGUGAGUAUUUGUUCAAAUAAAUGCAUUAUAGGAUCUACACCAGUGGGACUAAACAGAGUGACAUAAUGUUCUCAUUGGGCGGAGUUGAACUUUGACAUGAGAACUAAUGACCUAAAACAAAAGAACAACUUGGUUUUCUAUGGCUUAUGAGUUUUGGGGCACACAGUUCUUUAUUUCAGACCACACUGACCAUAUGUAUUUAUUUUGUUUUUUUCAAAUCCUAAUAGAAUCAGAGCUUACUUUGAUCUCUAUUCAUAUUAACUGGCCAAUUGAACCUGGUGGGAAAUUAUGUAGAAACAUUUGAUAAGAAGAAACCAUACCUGUUUUCAUUAAAUACUUUACUAUUACAGGUAGGACACACAGGAGGCAAUUGUGAACAGUUUGUUCCCUUUGUUGUUUUAAGUGGGGACAGCACCCAACAGCCCACAUCAAGCCCACAUGUCUUUCAUGUUGCAUAUGUAGGGGUGUGUGUGUGUGUGUGUGUGUUUGUGCUUGACAGAGAUACAGUAGGAGAAAGUUGGUGACAUUUACAUAAUCCAGGAGAACAUAGUCUGGUUGGUUGGGGAUGUCCCAUGGAGCAUGAAACCAAACACAGUAAAGUGAAAUGGAAAUUGACCCUUACUCUCUGUCUCACACUGCAUUCUUCAAAACCCAACUGCAACUUUCACUACCGUUUUCAUACCAAGAUUUCUCAUCCUCAUUUCUACAUUUACAUUUGAAAUACUGUAACUUUGUUCCUCUUACCAUCAAUUCAUUCCACAAGACAGCGUUUCAGCAAUAGAGUCCUAUCUAUAGUAAUGAUGGUAACUGCAUUAGUGCAGCUUUCAGGAUGUGGGUAAAAGUAAAAGCAGGGCAGCUUCUCCAGUGCAGUUCUGUCCACUUUAAAGGAUAGGUUCACAAUUUUUCAAGUUUGUCUUAAAAUAAUAGUCAGAUGCCCUUAUGUACAUUGCUUUCUGUAAUCAUUCAUCCUGUUCAUAUUGGCCAUAAAAAACCCUGUCUCCUAAAGAUUAUGUUUAUAUAGUACUAAAUUGUUUUCCCAAUUACAUUGUACUGAAAAAUGUCAUCGCUAGCUGGUUUAUGUUCAGAGGCAAUGUUUUUUGAGUGAAUGAAAUGCUACAUUUAUGAACUGCACCAGAGUAGCAGGACUGUGACACCAGAGUCUGGAGUUCGCAUCCAGAUCCCCGUCUGUGGCUGGGUUUAAAUCACUUCGGUUAAGGUUAGGAAAAGGUUGUAGUUUUGGUUAAAAUUUAAUAAACACUUUCUCUAAUCUUAACCAAGCGCUGUGAGGGCUUAAACAUAACCAUAAAAAAGUUUAAUAAUGCUGUAGUCACUAUAAGCAGAUAUUGUAUUGCAGGAUCAAAUAUUUUGGUGGGGAAAAAAUUUAAUCAAAAUGUAAAUUUUACUGACACGUUUAGUAUCAAUGUUUUUGUAACUUGUCAGAUAUGUUAAUUAACAACAUUUCCUCAUUAUGUUAAUAGAAAACGUAACCCGGUCGACAUUUCCUUUUCUUCAAAACGUUCUUGCUGUUGCACGGUUGCAUUAAAAGAUCUCUUCCUAAUGAGCUUUCAAUGUAAGUGAUAGGGGACAAAAUCCACAGUUCUUGCUCUGUGUAAAAAAAUACAUUCCAAAGUUUAUCUGAAGCUAAUAUUAGGCAUUAGCAGUCUUUUAGUACAAAAUUCCCUCUUUGUAUUUGUAUCAGUAUCCAACAGUUGGACAACACAACUCUGACCGCAAAUGUAAAACAUCACUUCACGUUUGUAACCUAUGGGGUGUCACUUUACCUAAACGUCAUUUUAUAUUAUCUUAUCUUAAAAUGCGUUUCACACAUAUUGCAUUACCUAAUGGAAAGGUUUUGGCAAAUUCUGUUAAACGACAAGUGCUGGUAAAAAAUUAAAUGACCAAAAAAAGCCACAACAAAAUUAAACAGACAAAAAAUGACCAAAAAUGUAUGGUAUUGAUUUGCAAAUAAGAUUUUAAAAAGUAGCAUUAGAUGAACCUUGUGCAAUUUGCCCCAUAAUUGAUUAGUCAAACAAGGAACAGGAAGAAAGUUGCUGAAUCAAAAUUUUUUAAAGAAACAACCCCCACAUGUAUUUGAACAUCUAAAUUUGAGGUAUGUUCCAAGACUUCAUGAAGCGUAAAUUUAUUCAUUUGGAGCUUUCUUAACCCUUUAAACUUUAAGUUUGCUACAUACAGCGGUGUUACGGUUACAGACAGGCAGGGGACACCAAGGUGGACAGGAAUGUUCUUUAUUAGAUGAUAGCCAGAAGUGGAGGGUGUGGAGAGUGGAAAGUUUGUAGGAGGGAGAUACAGACUGGCUAAACACUGGAGAAACCACCGGGAGACUAGAGAAACCACCAGGAGACUGGAAUGAAGCAUUCUAGCAAUGGGUUAAGGAGUCCUAUGUCUGAACGAGGUUGGACACUGACUGAGAGGAAAAAAAAAACUCCAUCUCAUCUUCACUACAAGCCCAUGUAAAAGGGAAAACCCUGUCAACCUGUCAUGUCUCUCAGAGAGAAGCAGCAGAUGAAUUUGGACACUGAGAGUUCAACACACACUGGAAUGGAGGGUCAGUCGAAGUCCUCUCAUAAGUACCUGCUGCUGCAGGUGUGGUGUGGUCUCCUCACCGUGGCCAUGGUGGUUAUGGCUGCAGUUCUCACUUCAAUCAAACCAAAGUCCACUGAGGACGAAGUCUCUACAUUGAAGCCAAAUAAUAUCACCCCAACAGUCAACACUUUUGUGGCUCCGUUAAAGUCAACAGGAUCCUCUGUCUCAUACAUCCAGCUAAUCAAGUCUCUGAACAAUCUCUCUUGGCAAGACUCAUCCGGAUGUCACUCCUGCUCCCUCGUCCUGCUUGAUGAUUCUAUCCUCUGCAAGGAAGACAGCCUCUACUUCAUCUACGCCCAGGUCACCUUCAGCAAGCACCCUAAGACAAAUCACACCAAAUCUGUGAUUUUGAAAAGAAAUGCCACAUUUGGUAGAAGAAUGAAGAAACUGGUUGAGGGGACCUUCCCGCACACAACAGAGGGCUCCGUGUGGGUGGCCAAGAUUGUCAGCCUCACAAAGGGAGACAGUGUCAGUUUAGAUAUCACUGAUGCUUUUCUAACAGAGAGCACAUUCUGGGGUGCCUAUCAGCUUCAUUAGCACUGCGGGUCUCCAGGAUUUGUUACUGUACAAGAGAUAAUCAUUUGUGGUUGGACUGGUAUGUUAUUAGUAGGCCUAUACUAAUAUGUUUCAACAAAAGCUGUUCAUCACCUGUAUUUUGUUCCAAUAUUUUGUGUCGGAUAUUUAACUAAUAUUUUAUGCCAAAAAAUACUCAAAAUCACAGGGAUUCAGUGAUGUUCAACAAUUAUUGAAACUUGUUUUUUGCAGGGUAGUAAAGCCUUUUAAUCAUCUUUAUGGCCAACAUGGAACACUAAAAUGCUAAAAGCUCCAUCAAGCAGGGUGAGGAAGAUUUUACUAACCAAAUCCUUUUAAUAAAAGGUCACAUCUUUACAUCCUAUUGACUUUGGACAAAAAUAUCUUGGCAAAACAACAUACUGUAUUAGUCCUUAGCAAAGUCUCUACUUUCAAGAACCAGCUGGUUCUGACUCCUGAAACUGUGUGGCAUUUGGUGGUAUUGUAAAUAUUUAAGCUAAAUGCAUUUUAAAUUAAAGUAAACUGUGACUGUCUGGGGCACGAAUAAGUUUGUUGAUAUGAAAGAGUAAUACAAAUUGUAUUAUCGGAAA